UGAGAAUGAGAUGAGAACAGCCAUGGAGGAGCUGAGCGCGGUAGGAGAGCAGGUCUUCGACGCCGAGUGUAUCCUCAACAAACGCACGAGGAAGGGCAAACUGGAGUAUCUGGUCAAGUGGAGAGGAUGGUCGUCCAAGCAUAACAGUUGGGAACCUCAGGAAAACCUUCUUGACCCGAGACUAUUGGUUGCAUUUAACAAGAGGGAGCAGGAGAAGGAACUCUUGAUAAGCAAAAAGGGGAAACGGCCUCGUGGACGACCCAGAAAAAUAAUGGAAACUAUUCCAGUGGUGUCAAAGUCAAGCAGCUCAUCCUCGUCUUCAUCCUCUUCUGGUUCUUCGUCAUCUUCCUCAUCAUCAUCCUCUUCUACAGAUGACGACGAUGAAGACGACCACAACAUGACUCCAAAGCCGAUUCCUCGUCCUCGAGAGCAUCUCCCGGUCCCGCAGAAGAAAGCGCAGAUCGUCGUGGCCAAGCCAGGGCCGCCAAAGAAGCGAGGGAGGAAAGCGCUGCCUCCGGAGCUGAAGGCCAUACGUCAAGUUAAAGGUACUCGGAAGAUCCUCAAACCCAUUUCCAGAGACUCGGAUCUCCGAGGCAUAAAGAAACCUCUCAUGCCUGCAAGCUUCACCUACACCGGCUUGAAUCGCACCUCAGGAAGGGAGCCGAUGGCAAUGCAUAACCGAGGGUCUUUUACACACAAGAGUUCCUUAAGCUCCCUUGGACGCUCCAUCGGAUCCGUUUCAUCUUCUCCAACACUAAAUCGGUCGCCGCAAACUAAAUCUGCUUCAGAUUUCAAGCUCUCCGUCUCAGAUAUGAACAGCGGACUUGAUCCCAAGACUCCCACGUGCAAAUCUCCAGGUGUAGCCGCACUGAAUCUGCACAGCAGCAAUGGACAGACGUGUCCACAACUCUCUCCCACUGUGCCGAAAGAUCAGACCCUGCUUCAAAGGUCAGCAUCUCUCCCGAAAUCCCCAUCAAGCUCAUUUUCAUCUCUCAAAACUCCUUCCAGCCUUCAAGCUCUCAAUCUGCAGAGCGUCAACAAAACAGUGCAGGGAAACGGGACUGAUUUGAAGACUUCCCCGCAUUCUGGAAGGAAAAGUUCUGGAUUUAACACAAGUUCUGCACCAAACACUCCUAGCAAGUUCCAGACCUCACAGCAAGCCUUAAAGAGUCCACAGAAAUUGAAAGCGGAUGAUUUGGCUGAAAGACUUGGGAAGAAAAGCCAAGCUAGAACAGAAAAGAUUCUGCCAACAGAGGGUCGAGAUUCUCAACCGGCGCAAGACAGACCCUCGUCUAAAGAUCCCAGCAAACAGAGCAAGACCUUGAGCGAAUUGAGCACCGGAGAGGAGGGAAGCAGCUCCGAUACCGACCAUGAUUCCUCAUUUCCCAGGGACAGCCAUGACUUGUCCAUCUCUGUGCAAGCAGGUCAGGAUUGGAGGCCGACACGGAGCCUGAUUGAGCAUGUGUUUGUCACUGACGUCACUGCAAACCUGGUCACAGUAACAGUGAAGGAAUCUCCAACCAGCGUUGGGUUUUUUAGCAUUCGGAAUUAUUGAAUGUCUUCAACUGGAAGUGCAGCUACAUUUGGAUAAUCGGGACAAGUUUCAAGCAAGCUGUUUGAUGGGUCUCCAUUUUUUAAUGGAUUUUACUUGUUUUUACUCAAAGUUGGGACUGUUUUACCUGGUCAGAUUUGAAGUUCCUUGACACGUUUUUAAUCAGACAUGUACAAUCUCGCCUAAUUUGAAGUCUAAAGUGUAUUUCUGAAGCGUUCGCCUUGGUUUCAAAUGCAGGGAUGGUUUUCUUGAAGUUGAUUCUGAGUACAGUACUAGUAAAGACAAAAUUCACAAGAUCAAAACAAAUAUAUCCAAAGUUUUUUUUAGCUGAAUCUCAGAUUGUGUCUUUUAAAAAGGUGCCUAUUUUUAAGCUGUCGUUUUUCUGCUCAAUAACCAAUAUAAUGAGGGUUUUUUUCUUUUUGUUUUACUAUGAUGUGGGUAUAUUUUGUACUACACAACAGUUCACUGUUUAUUUAUUAUUUCUUACUGUUAUUUUUGUUGGUAGGUGACAUGCUGAAACACACAGUAAAGAUUCUUUUUAUA